AUGGUUGAAGAGGUAGAACCAGGCGGCCCCGACGCUACCGGAGCGCCGAUCACCGCAGCUCCCACCAGAGCCAGCCAGCGCAUGUCGAGAGCCACGUCGUUAAGCCAGACAAUCCAGAGCGGAUUACACAAGGUUUACAAGAGAGUCUUUCUCGAAUUCAUCCUCCGCGAAAAGCCUCUACCAGCCUCGAAAGAUGGCCGGCACAUCCCCCUCGAACCCGGCCGCGAGCAGCCGCUAACCGACAACCGCCGCGGACGAUCAUACAUCGACAACUCUAUUCGAACCUCACGAUACACCAUCUACGAUUUCUUUCCAAAGCAAGUGAUUUUCCAGUUCAGCCGCAUUGGCAAUUUUUACUUUCUAUGUGUUGGUGUGCCGCAGACAAUUCCGGGUCUAAGUACAACGGGAAACUUUACCACCAUCCUACCGCUCAUGUUCUUUGUUCUCCUUACCGUCGCCAAAGAAGGAUACGAUGACUUCAAGCGCCACCGUCUCGAUAAUGUCGAAAAUGCGAAUGCCGCCAUAGUUUUAAAGGACGCAUCCAAGGCUCGGCCCCAUGUCGUAGUCACAAAGAGGAAACAGAGCCGCAUCCCAUUCCAUUAUAAGAAGGUCCGAGAACCGCUCCGGGAGUUUGACGAAGAGUACGAUGGUCUUAGAUGGGUUUCGACCAAGUGGUGCGAUAUCAGAGUUGGAGAUGUGGUGAAGCUGGUCCGAGACGAGCCUGUCCCCGCCGACAUCGUGCUCUUACACAGCGAUGGCGAAGAUGAUUUAGCAUAUAUUGAGACGAUGGCCCUGGAUGGGGAGACCAACCUGAAGACUAAGCAGGUGUCAACAGCAAUCAAGGAAUGUGGAACGAUUAAGGGGAUCCGAUCUUGCCGCGCCCACGUUGUCACGGAGGACCCUAAUCCUGACCUGUACCGUUUUAACGGCAAGGUCACUGUCGGCGAGAAGACCUUACCUCUGACGCUCAACGAGGUGAUAUAUCGCGGCAGCAUUGUGAGAAACACGCCGAGCCUGAUUGGCCUAGUCGUCAAUACUGGCGAGGAGUGCAAAAUUCGUAUGAAUGCGAACCAGCACCCAAAGGCUAAACGGCCAGCGCUUGAGCUCAUAGUGAACAGGAUCGUCAUCACCCUCGCCAUCUACGUCGUCGUCCUUUCCGUCGGAUGCUCUAUGGGUUAUGUUGCCUGGCAAAAGUCCGUCGAGGCCAAAAGCUGGUACCUCGACGACGCGAAAGUAGCGUUCCACGAAAUCCUCAUUGCCUACAUUAUUCAGUUUAACAAUGUCGUUCCUCUUGCCCUUUACGUCAGCCUGGAAAUUGUCAAGAUCGGCCAACUCAUCAUGCUGAACUCCGACAUCAACAUGUACGAUGCUGCUUCAGACACUCCUGCAAAGUGCAACACGAACACCAUUCUAGAAAACUUGGGCCAAGUUGGCUACAUAUUCUCCGACAAGACUGGUACCCUUACCGACAAUGUUAUGAAGUUUCGAAAACUCAGUAUUGCAGGAACGGCUUGGCUCCACGAGACUGAUCUAGACCAGGACACAAUCGCUGACACAGUUGACUCUGAUGAUGACUCUCAGAUUAGUUCGGAAAAGCCUCCGUUUUUCAAAGCAAGCAUCCCAGCCAUAAGAGUACCGGCAGCGGCGGCCGUCGAGACGCCCGACUCCUCGGAGGCUCUUGAGACAGUAGCAACAACGACUAUCACUCCGAGAGCGUCCAUGACACAGAGGAGAUCAUCUUCUCAGUGGCGGUCAACUGGACGCCCUGACCAUGUGCAGCCUGAUGUGACGACUUCCGACCUAAUGGAGUACAUCCGACACCGCCCCAACUCGCUCUUUGCCCGAAAGGCGAAGCAGUACAUUUUAGCGAUGGCUCUGUGCCAUACUUGCCUUCCUGAGGUGCGAGAUGGGGUUCUCGAAUACCAGGCGUCAUCUCCGGAUGAGAUUGCCCUCGUAAGGGCUGCUCAGGAGCUAGGUUAUACGGUAGUGAAGAGGUCUCCGCAGCAGAUUACUCUCCGCGUUGCGACCGACGACAACGGCUCGUCUAGAUUACAAACUUUCGAAAUCCUUGACGUCAUCGAAUUUAGCAGUAAGCGGAAGCGCAUGUCUGUCGUCCUGCGGUACCCAGAUGGUCGCAUAUCAGUCAUUUGCAAAGGUGCCGAUUCGGUCAUACUGCCACGCCUUAGGAUGGCACCGCUGGCGAAACAGAAGGCUUCUGAGGUGAGAAAGAGCGCAGAUCUAGAGCACGAGAUGUUACGAAAGAGUUUGCACGAAUCUCGGCCGAGCAUCGGUGGUCGUCCAAGUCUGACUACGAGAUUUGGUGGCCCACCUAUGCGUGAAGCGAGUAGUAGCCUAUUACGACAGGCCAGUACGGCUAGGAGCAGAUCCUUUGAUGCAGCAGCAAGCUCGAGGCCACUGCGUGAUGAAAAGCCCCGCCCGUCGCUUGCCACUCGCGAUCGGUCUCUCGAUGUCUCGAAACUCACCCACCUUCAGCCUCCAGGCAAAGGAACAGGAGAGCCGGAUGAAAUGGACAAGUUCUCGUUCCUCGACGAUCCUUAUAUCCAUGACGACCCCACUGUAUUUAGUCGAUGCUUUAAGCAUUUGGAUGAAUUUGCUGCGGAGGGGCUGAGGACUCUAGUCUUUGCGCAGCGAUUCGUACCGGAAGCGGAGUAUGCGGGAUGGAAGAAGAUUUACGAAGACGCCACAACCAGCUUGGUCGACAGGCAAGAGCGUAUCGAAGCUGCAGCAGAAAUGAUUGAGCAAACGUUUGACUUGGUCGGGGCCUCGGCCAUCGAAGAUAAGCUUCAAGAGGGUGUACCGGAUACGAUUGACCGGCUACGACGAGCAAACAUCAAGAUAUGGAUGCUAACAGGAGAUAAGCGGGAGACAGCCAUCAACAUUGCGCACUCGGCUCGGAUCGUUCAAGCGGGGUCCGACUUGUAUGUGUUGGAUUCUACCAAGGGGUCCCUCGAUUCGCAGUUGCUCAAUAUCAUGGAGGACGUCCAGACGGAGUCUAUUCAUAGCGUGGUCGUGGUCGACGGUCACACGCUCGGCAUUAUUGAGCAGUCGGACGACCUCUCGGCGCAGUUUUACGCCAUCAUGCCCUUGGUUGACUCGGUCAUUUGCUGCCGGGCCUCCCCAGCCCAAAAGGCGCUCCUCGUCAGGACGGUUCGGUCGCGGUUGCGAAAAAUGAAGGGAGCCCACCGAGGUCUUACUCUCGCGAUUGGCGAUGGUGCGAACGAUCUGGCCAUGAUUCAAGCUAGUCACGUCGGUGUAGGCAUCUCGGGCAAGGAGGGCCUCCAAGCAGCACGUGUAGCCGACUACUCGAUUGCUCAAUUCCGGUUCCUCCAGAGACUGUUGUUUGUUCACGGAAGAUGGAACUAUGUGCGAACGGCCAAAUUUAUCAUCGCGACUUUCUGGAAGGAGAUGUUCUUCUAUCUGCCCACUGCGCUCUACCAGCGGUACAAUGGCUAUACGGGGACCUCGCUUUACGAAUUUGCCAGUUUAACCGUCUUCAACACGCUCUUUACGAGUUUGUGCGUCAUCUGCAUGGGCAUUUGGGAGCAGGAUCUCCGCGCCGAGACUCUGCUAGCGGUUCCAGAACUCUACUCGUACGGACAAAGGAAUAUGGGGCUCAACAUGUGGAAGUACAUCGCAUGGAUGAUCAUUGGUGCCACAGACGGCGUUCUGGCCUGGUUCGGCGUAUGGGCCGGCUACGGGUGGAAAGCUAGGCUGAGUGACCAGGGUUUGUUCGCUCUGGGUAACCUGUCCUUUACCGUCGGUGUGCUUUGGAUCAACUGGAAGCUAUUCAUAUUUGAGACGCAUUACAAGACUGGCAUCAUCAUGUUCUGCUUCUUCCUUACGACUAUCGGGUGGUGGGCCUGGCAGGCAUUUCUAGCCGGUUCCUACGAACCUACGCCGUCCAUCUACGCUGUACAUGACGGUUUUAUGCAAACUUUCGGACCCGAUCUGUUGUGGUGGGCGACUUUGUUUGCCGUGCUAGCGGUAUUGGGACUGAUAGAUUUCACUCGAAAGCUGAUCAAGCGGACGCUGAUCGGUCUGGGCGUGUACAGGUGGCCGCCGUGGAAGGCGAGGUCGAACGGAGAGUUGGAGGUGGAGGUGUGGCAGGAGAUGGAGAAGGAUCCGGUAAUAUGGGAGAGGUUGCAGAGACUUGCUGCUGGCGGUGACGAGGAGGAUCCGGAGGCUGAGGAGGCGUAA